CCUCUUUGUUGACACGGACAACAUUUAGACAACAACAACAUCGCAGGCAAAUUUUGAGUGAAAAUAUGAAGCCAGAGAAAGAGGAAAUAAGAGGAAGUGAAUGAAUCAAUCCUCUUUUCAUUAUAUAGAAGUGAUACUAACAAGUAAUCAAGCAAAAUCUGAGUUUCUAGUUGAAUUGCCAACAUCUUUGAAGUCGGGAAAGCUAGAGAAAUAACUACCUAAAAGCAGCCCAGACCUCCAGUAGUGUUCAAGAAUCUUGAUAUGCAAAAAACCCCAACGGCAAAUCGUAGGGAGAAAUAAUAGAAAGGGAAAGGCAUGUUUAAGGCCAAGAAGAAGUCGAAGCUGCCCGCGAGUCCCAGGCCGCCCUCGUGGGAGGAGAUGGAGGAGGACCUUCGCGUCGUGGCCAAGGAGGACUUCAUCUUCGCCCUCAAGGCCGAGUCGGAAGAAAAGGAGGAAAUUGCAAAGGUCAGCAAUGAAGCAGAUGGUGAAGAUUUCACAGAGGCACAUAUCUUCGCACAGGCUGUCAUGUUUGUGGAGAAGAAUGAUGAGCUAGUACACAACAUGAGGUGCUUGGAUGAGGCCAAAGAAAAGCUGGAGGAUGUCAGCAGCAGCCUGGAGAAGACUGUGGCCAAAGUGAAAGAGCAGGCGCUGGUGGCCAUAGAUGGAUACUGAAGGGCUUGUUUAGAGCAAUAUGGUUGUUAAAUAGAUAUGACACAAUUAAAGACUUUGCUCUAAGGAAGAGUUAGAUUUUUUUAUGUAUCUUUAAAAAAACUUACUUCAGUGCUUGUUAGUUAUUCUGUAGUUAUUUCAUGGUAUGGAUUUUAUUUAUAUAGACAUAAAGAGGCAAUUAGGAAAAUACUAUUUAUGUUUUUGUAUAAUGUUUGCAAUCCAAAACAUUUAGCUUUUGCUUAUUUGUAAUAAAAGAUAUAUAUAUUUUGACUCUUCUCUUGAUUUUUUUAGAUACCAAACAAUUAUGAUUAAUUAACAACGACAAGGACAACAUAGGACUGUAAGAAAUCAUCACCCAAUAUGAACUGGAAGAUCAGAAAUAUUUCAAAGAUGUAUGACAUGUAUCACCUGUUUGUUUUUAUUUGUUAUAUCUAUAAAGUAAAAUAAUGAUUUGGCAGGAUAAUUGCUGUUCAAGAUAUUUACUCAGUUUGUAUAAAGUUCUCUUCUGUUAGACUGACA